AUGGGCCACUCUUCGCUAGCGUGCGAAGAGGAAAAUCACGUGGCCUCGCGGUCGUCCGGACGACCCGACAGGGGGGCGGGAAGCGUGCUGCUGGGCGUAGUGACGUGGUGAAGCCGGCAGCUGGCUGUGAAGUCGGAUUCCCUGUGCUGCCUGCGAAUGAUCUGAGCCGUCAUGGACCUGGGACACAUGAGGAAGAGUUACCUGAAGGACCAAGAGGCCUUUGAGGAGGCGCACUUGACGUCGCUGGACCCCAUCCAGCAGUUCUCUAGCUGGUUCGAAGAAGCUGCCCGGUGCCCGGAGGUGUACGAAGCCAAUGCCAUGUGCCUGGCCACCUGCACCAGGGAUGGAAAGCCUUCUGCUCGAAUUUUGCUGCUAAAGGGCUUUGGCCAGGAUGGCUUCCGUUUCUUCACUAACUUUGAAAGCCGAAAAGGAAAAGAGCUGGAUUCUAAUCCUUUUGCUUCUCUUGUCUUCUACUGGGCGCCCCUCAAUAGACAGGUGCGUGUGGAAGGGCAGGUACGGAGACUGCCAGAGGAGGAGGCUGAGGUAUAUUUCCACUCCCGCCCUAAAAGCAGCCAAAUCGGUGCGGUCGUCAGUCGCCAGAGCUCUGUUAUCCCAGACCGAGAGUACCUGAGGAAGAAGAAUGAGGAGUUACAAGGGCUGUACCAGGAGCAGGAAGUGCCCAAGCCUAAAUAUUGGGGUGGCUAUGUCCUGUACCCAGAAGUGAUAGAGUUCUGGCAGGGUCAAACCAACCGUCUGCAUGACCGGAUUGUCUUCCGGAGGCUGCAGCCUGGAGAGCCGGCCGCAGGACCCAUGACCCACCCAGGGGCAAAUGACUGGCUAUAUGAGAGACUCUCACCAUGACUGACUGACCCUGGGGUUGGACCCUCUCAGCUGGAUCCUGGAACAGAGUGGUGAGAAAUGCAUGCAAGUUCCCAUCAGGCUCUAAGUCUAGGCCCCUUAACCCUCCAUCCAGGGCCUUGUCAACUCUGUCACGUAAGCACUUUGUACUAAGUCAACCCUCUUUUAUCCCUGGUUUUUGUGAAUAGGUAAUGAAGAGCAUCCCAAAAUGCAAAAUUGGAUAACCCAAAAAAUCAUUUUCUAUUUGGGUUUGAGUCUUUUCAGAACUACAAAAUGAAGACACAGGCAUAUUUUUUUGGCAACAAAGUUGCCUUCCCAAAAACUGACUUUAAAUAUGUGAAUGAUUGUCAUUCACACUAAAGAGAAGUUCUAUUUACUUGAUGUAUCCCUAAAAGACACCUAGAGCCUGUGGAUAGAGGUCACAGGGAAGAUAGUGAUCUUCUAUAAGAAUCUUCUAGUGUGAAUUCCAAAAUGAGGCAAACAGGCAGACUGGAUGAGCUCUAUAGAGACCUGUUUUUUCCCAUUAAGAUUGACUUGAACCAAUCGUGAUUACAGAGUUGCACAAGGAUGAAAUCAGUUUGUGUUCUCCAGCCAGAUCCUGGUGGGAGUGGGUCUAAUGGGCUGGGAGGAAUCCAGUUUGGGGUUAAACAUUCACUGUGACUCAGCCAUGUGUGAGAGAAAGUUGAUUGCUACUUGAACUGUUGUUGUUGUUGCCCUGUCUGCUUUAAGAACGUGUAUUUGGGGUCCUGGAGAGCUGAGCCUGCCUUGGGUCUGUCUCCCCACCUUGAUUAUAAGGUCUAGACCUAGGGUCAGCAAACUUCAGCCCACACUCCCUUCAGCCUGUUUUGAUAAGAGCCCCAGGAGCUAAGAAUAAAGUUUGAUUGUAUUUUUAAAUGUCAAAAACAUCCUUAGCUCCUGGGACCUUGGGGUCAGAUUGCAUCUUCAGGCCCUAGUUUGCCCCUCCCCUGCUCAAGAGCCCUUAGUUUCCAUCUUCCUAUCCGGCUUUGCACAGCUUAGGGGCAGGGGCUCUGAGUUCAUGGGUGUGGCUGACUGCAGAACCUAAUCUCCCUGUCACCUUGCUCUUCCUUUUGGUGCCCUUGCUGUGCCAUGUUGAUUAGAUUGUAGGCAGAGCUAUGGGUGUGGGUGGGUGUGUUUGUGGGGAGGGGGGGUAUCCAGAUGUGCAAUAUGGUCUGGUUUUCAGGACCUGUUUGAUCCCUUCUCCCCCCCAAGCCUAGUCCCUGGGUGCCACUUUGUACUCUACUUACAUCCUCUUGUACCAGUUCUGUAAUAAAAUCUGCUAUGUUGUGUGGUGUUCA